AUGGACGUCAGACAACCCUCGACGCCAUCCGAGGCCGACGACCUCCUCGCCGGCAUCGUAGAUCAAUGGGAGAGCGGCGGCAAAGCCCAACUCCAAGACCUUCUGUCGCAGACGCUGCUCGCUUCCUCGUCGACGGAAACGCCGCUCCUCGACUGGACGCUCGACGUCGUAUGGGGCAUGGACGCAGAGAUCGACACCCGCAAGGAGCUGGCCACCGACCUCGGCGAGUCGGACGAUAUCUCCCUGGGCGCACUGCCGGACUCGCCCGUCACAGCGGCUUCGGCCCGCUCAAGAUUAGCAGGUGUCGUCAAGGAACUCGUGAAGUGA